AUGGCGGCUGGGGCGGGUGCUGUGUCCGCGCUGCGGCCGCGGCUGGCGGCGUUGGGCCGGCGGCUGGCGGCGCUCAGGGGAGCGGGCGGCGACGAUACUUUCUUAGUAAAGGGCUCUGCUGCUCUGGAGAAGUUGAAGGACCUCUGUACAGAAGAGAAAGAAAAAGCACAUCCUUCUGAGCUCUUGCAGCUUUAUACACAGGCUGUCCUAGAUAUUACAUACUUUGAGGAAAACCAGCUUGUAGAUGAAGAUUUUCCAGAAGACUGUUCCUUACAGAAAGUUAAAGAGCUAAUUUGUAUUCUAUCAGAACCAGAAGACCUAAUGAAAGAAUGCAACAUAAAUGAAGAACCUACGAGCAUCCUUGGCACAGAGUUACUGGAGUGUCUUUACUGGAGGAAAGGAGCUCUGCUUUACAUGUAUUGUCACACUGUGAAAGAAAGGAGUGAAUGGCUGAAGGAAAAUAUCAGCAUAUUUGAAGAGUGUCUUAAUGAUGGAGUCCAGUACUUGAUGAAGAUGCUUAGCUUUAGAUGCCCUCUCCAGCUAGAUGAAGAUGUCUCAUUUCGGGAUAAAGACUCGGCUAGAUUACUCAGUGAAGGUGUAUUUAGUGACACGCACUUGCUGGCGAUGAUGUACAGCGGAGAAAUGUGCUACUGGGCCCUGAAGCACUGCGGAGCAGCAGGCAGGCCGGGCRGCCAGGGGCCGGCAGCGGCGGUGCCCGACUACCGAGCAGUGGGCACCAAGGCGCUCGCGACCUACGUGGCGGCCUGCGAGGGGCCGCUGAAAGGACAAGGCUGGAAGAGCGCGAGCGCGCGGCACAUGCUCGCUGUGCUGAGCCGGGGCCCGCGCUGA